AUGGCCCCCUCCUCAGUCGUCACCUUCCUCGUCGCCCUCCACCUCUCCCUCGUCCUCGCGGCUUCUCACCUCCUCGGAAUCCUCACCUCAUCGACAGUCCUCCUCGCCCACGUCUUGGCUGCCGCCGUCUUCCUCGUCGCCGGCGUCGUCGUCGGCCGCGUCAACAUCGAUGACGUCACCGUCUUCCUCCAACACUCGCUCCUCAUCGCCGGCCGGAUCCUGGAGGCCGUCGCCCUGGCGUACCUCACCCUCGUCUCUGCCAUCCACCACACAUCCCUCAGCGUCCUGGAACUACUCCAACGGUUCAUCGAUGUCGCCAAACUGAACCCCACUGGUUGCCGAGUCCUCCUCCCCUUCCUCUCCGACGUCAAGCGGAUCCUCUGCACCGGCAUCUCCUGGGGUACCAACGUCCACCAUGCAAUUAUAUUCUCUGUACACCUCGCCGCACUCCUCUUCAAAUUGAUCUCCACCACCACAUCGCGCACCAUCACCAAUGUCGCCUGCAGCCACAAUACUGAGGCCAUGCGUAACUGGGGCGAUGGCAUAAAGACUCCGGUGUACACCUGCUGGAUCAAUGGACGGACGUGCACGUAUAAUCUUCUCAGCGCCUACGGCGGCUUGACCAUUGAGGACGACAUGCCCCUAUCCGCGCUGGCAUAUAUGGACCGCGACGGCUUCCGUAUCAAUCCACGCCUGCAAGGCCGUGAUCUGGUCUUGGCAGAAGGCGCCAUUCGAUACUUCCUGGCAAAAAGCUCUCCACAGAGCUACUCCGUGUUGGCGUGGCCCUGUGAUGUUUUCAGGCCGAUCUUCGGGGAUGAUGAAGCGUGGCCCAUACUCGAACACUACAACUUUCCCGAAAAGUCCGCUAUGAGGGCUUUGUCCAUAGAAAUGCUCGGCUAUACUCUCCAACAUCGGUGCCGACCACCAGUGAUGCCCUGGGUUGUGGAAGCCUGUGGCACAGGCAUGUGCCUUCCCAUUGCGCCUUUCCGGCAUCUCGAUUACCUACGCCCACGGGUCAGCCCUCUCUGGCAGCACGAAGGGCCUGUACGCAUUUCAUGGCUCCAGCCUGAAAUUACUGGCUUUCAGCAGUCUGGAUCGCCUGGGUGGCAUCCGUUGUCUCGUCCUGCAACCCCACCGCCCGCGUACCCUCAAUUGCAGCCUAUCCUCGACGAAGCCGGUGGAGAAACGCGCGACCACGCUGCUGGAACGCCAGAGUUGGAAGGCGGCACGUCUCAUCCACAGCCCAUCCCGUCCACCACCAGAGGAGUUGACAUAGAACUCGACGGCAAUUUUGGUCUACGCCGACCUGUAUCAUCACCUCCCCGAAUCCCAGACGGCAUCGUCUUGCCUCCCAGCCAGAGCAUCACUCCCAACAACGAAAAUACCCCAGAAGCCAACCAGGCAGGUGCCGGCCCCUCAGAGGCAGAUGGCGGCCUGGUAUACAUCGACGUCGGUGGGGCUGAACGGCGGCUUAACCAGGUGGACAUCGGCCAAGUCUCUGCGCACCGGAGCAGGUACUUGGGUGCAAGACACGCACUACUGGCGGGAUCUCCCACCCCAUGUUGGCAGCUUUACGAGAUGGGCAGUGCCGCGAUGGAUGAGGAAUUGGUCACUAAUCUGCCGUUUGGACUGCUGGACCUGACGGACUCUGCACCAGGUUGGAACAUUCGAAACGUAGACUUUCUCCGAGACGGGAUGGGUGCUACAGACAUGAUGGUUGCAGGUUGGCAUUGCUGGGACCUUGCGGCGCGAGCAGAAACACCGCGGAGAGGAGGCGAAACAUUGCACAUGUCGGCGACCCAAUACAAUAUAUGGACGGACUGGGUUGCUGUCUCGGAAAUGUAA